CAUGAGAAACGAAUCAUGCUAGAAAACAGAGAGAGGCAAGACAUGGUUUACUUAACUUAAUUAUAACAGGACUGUUAAUAAGUAUUAACUUGUGUUCUUGUUUUCUUCAUCUUAACAACACCGCAUAUCAUACGAACUACGAAGCUGUCACCUAUCAACCCAAAGCCCAAAACUACAACGAACACGGAAUCGCACCUACACGAUUCUCCUUUUUCCUUAUUUUUUUUUAAAGGAAAAUAAAAAUAGAAAAACUCCACCGGAUCGACGACGGCGAUCGCAGCUAUCUUUAACUUCUCCGAUCACCACCUUACAAGCGGCGAUUCGGAUCCACCGGAUUCCGAACACUAUCCGCUUAACUAUAUUCGAAUCUCAACCACAUGCUUCGCGAAACUAUCUUGAUCUUCUUAUACUUAUUAUUCUUCGGGUAUGCAGAUCCUGCUCCGAAAUGCUCCCGUAGCAGUCCUUUCAUCGAUUUCGAAUCCGAAUUCAAAAUGGUUCAGCAUCAGCUCAGAGGCAAAAUCAAAAUCAUUGACGAUUGUUCUUUUAGGGUUUCUCAAUUUGAUAUGCUUUCUGGCUCCGAUGUGCAUUGGUGGAGCGCUCUCGCUCUUGAUUUCGACAACUUUACCACCGGAUUCAUCGUUUCCGAUCACAAACUUAACCAUACUUACUCGAAUUUCACCUUCGUCGUUCAUUUGAUGCCUAAUAUCACGUGGGACAUGAUCCAUGUUCUCUCGGUUUGGGACAUUCCCACUGCCUCCGAUUUCGGCCACGUUCUGAUUCAAAAUCUCACCACGGCGGAGGCGAAAUCUCCAGCAUCUUCGAGCGGCGGAGAAGAGAAGGAGAAGGAGAAGGUAAGUGUUUAUAAUGAACCAACUAUGUUUGACAAUUGUAAAGUUUUGACCAAGGAUUUUAGGGUUCGUUGGAGUUUGAAUUUGAAAGAGGAUUCAAUUGAGAUUGGGUUGGAAGGUGCAACUGGGGUUAUGAAUUACAUGGCUUUUGGUUGGGCUAACCCUAACGCCACUGAUUCAGAACUCAUGCUUGGUGCUGACGUGGCUGUUGCUGGGUUUAAGGAAGACGGUUUGCCUUUUGUUGAUGAUUUCUUCAUCACCAAGUAUAGUGAGUGUGUGAAAAACAGUGAUGAUGGAUCUGUUGAAGGGGUUUGUCCUGAUUCAAUCUAUGAAGGACCAGACAGAGUUGGUUUGGUGAAUGAUACAAGGAUGAUUUAUGGGCAUAGAAGUGAUGGUGUCUCAUUGGUUAGAUAUAAGAGACCUUUGAGUCAGGUUGAUGGUAAAUAUGAUCAACCUGUUGAUCGUUUAGCUAACAUGACUGUGAUUUGGGCUUUAGGGAAGAUUAGAGCUCCUGAUACUGUUUUACCUUACUAUCUUCCUCAGAAUCAUGGUGGUCUUCCAUUCGAAACUUUCGGCCACUUGGGUCUCAAUGUUUCUCAGCGUGUCGAUGAUUGUAAAGGUCCUUUGGAUGCUGGUGAUAAAGAGGAUCAAGAUAUCAUCAUUGCUGAUGCCAAAGUUCCUUUGGUUGUUUCUUCGGGUCUGGCUUUGCAUUACCCCAACCCUCCGAAUCCUGCCAAGGUUAUUUACAUCAACAAAAAGGAAGCUCCUGUGUUGAGAGUGGAAAGAGGGGUGCCCGUCACUUUUUCGAUACAAGCUGGGCAUGAUGUCGCGCUUUAUGUUACUUCGGAUCCCAUCGGUGGGAAUGCUACACUGAGGAACCUGACUGAGACUAUUUAUGCUGGAGGUCCUGAGGCUCAUGGAGUUCAGGCCAGUCCCAAGGAACUUGUCUGGGCUCCUGAUAGGAACACUCCUGAUCAAAUUUACUAUCAUUCGGUGUACGAGAAGAAGAUGGGUUGGAGAGUGGAGGUUGUGGAUGGAGGUCUAUCUGACAUGUAUAACAACAGUGUUGUUCUGGAUGAUCAACAGGUUACCUUCUUUUGGACGUUGUCAAAGGACUCCAUAUCUAUUGCUGCUCGUGGAGAGAAAAAGAGUGGUUAUCUUGCUAUAGGAUUUGGCAGUGGAAUGAUAUAUAGUUAUACUUAUGUGGGAUGGGUUGAUGACAACGGUGUUGGUCGUGUUAACACUUACUGGAUUGAUGGAAGGGAUGCUUCAAGUAUACAUCUUACACGAGAGAAUUUGACAUAUGUGAGAUGCAAAACAGAAAAUGGUAUAAUUACCUUGGAAUUUACACGUCCAUUGGUUCCAUCUUGUAGUAGAGGCAAGAGACCAGAAUGUAACAACAUCAUUGAUCCCACAACUCCGCUUAAAGUCAUAUGGGCGAUGGGUAGUAGAUGGAGCAAUGAACAUCUUAGUGAAAGGAAUAUGCAUACUCUCACAAGUAGCAGACCUAUACGUGUUCAACUGAUGCGCGGUUCCGCAGAAGCAGAGCAGGAUUUACUUCCAGUUUUGGCAGUGCAUGGCUUUAUGAUGUUUCUUGCCUGGGGUAUCUUGCUUCCUGGAGGUAUCUUGGCAGCCAGGUACUUGAAACAUUUGAAAGGUGAUGGUUGGUACAAAAUUCAUGUUUACAUGCAAUAUUCAGGGUUGGUCAUAGUUUUUCUUGCACUUCUUUUUGCUGUUGCUGAGCUUCGCGGUUUUCAUGUUAGCUCGACACAUGUUAAAUUUGGAGUUGCUGCAGUAUUUUUGGCUUGCAUACAACCUGUUAAUGCAUUCAUUAGGCCCCCAAAACCAUCGAACGUGGAGCACGUACCGUUUAAAAGGAUUAUCUGGGAAUACUUGCACGUAAUUGUUGGCAGAUCUGCCAUUGUUGUUGGCAUUGCAGCACUUUUUACCGGCAUGAAGCAUUUGGGAGACCGAUACGCUUUGGAAAAUGUCCAUGGACUCAGCUGGGCAAUGAUAAUUUGGUUCUUAGUAGGUGCGCUGUGUAUUGUUUAUUUUGAAUACCGUGAGAAGCAGCGAGUAAGGGAUCGGAUAUUUGGAAGAGGCAAUUGGGUGCUUGGUAAUGAGGAAGAUGAUUCCCUUGAUCUCUUGACUCCAACAAAUACACAUACAACAGAUAAAGAGUCACAAGCCUCUGCAAGAAUGGAAGUCCAGUUAGAACCUUUGAACAGGUAGAAAGAUGCAUGUUUGAACUUCCCAUUGAAAGUCUCCAUUCUGAAGCAGUUGGUUGCAAAUUCCUCGUUUAAUCUGAGCUUUCAGGAUUAUUUGUUAGUUAUGAGGAUUGAGGCAUUUUUGAGGUGUAAAGGGAGCACUUGUUCAUCAGUCUCUUUGUACUGAUGUUGCCAUUUUGUGAAGAGUAGUAGCUUUUUCAUAGUCAUAUACAUGUUCACUAGAUAGGUUAUAUCUUUUGUUCACUCUAGCUGCUAUACUUUUUUCUUACCCCCAACAAAAACAAGAAGAAAUCAAAGUUUACGAACUGAAAGCUUUAUUGUUAGAUUCUGUUCCAUAAUAUGGUAGAUGUUUUUCGAUAUCGAAGGCUAUCCAGCCAAAAACACUGUUGUAAAUUAUGCGAUGCAGAUAACUAAUACAACACAAACGACAUUAAUUUUUGGUUUCA